GCCUCGAGCAAAAGACAUAUUUUUACUGCAUCCUUUAGAACCAUGAAUAGAGUUGUUCGCUCCAUCAAACAAAAGGCUUGCAAAGGAGCAAGACCUACACCACAUCCCAAGCCUUCCGGACGUGCUUUGGCCGUCUAUCCGCUUAACACUAACGUUCGUGGAAGGGACAUCAGCCUUAGUCGAAACCGCCCUGGAAGACUGGUCAAUGUUCGUCCAGCACGAGGUCCUGACGGAACACGUGGCGGUGCCUAUAAAUUCCUUGGACGGUCUAACAGCUACAUUCAGUUCGCUAACCGAGGCAAGCUUGAUGCUAGAAAUUCCAUCACCUUGUUGGCUUGGAUAAAGCACGACGGACGAUCUGGACCCAUCUUUAAUUACAACCCUAGAGGUUGGGGAGUGCACUUUUGGAUGGUAUCGCCAAAGACACUGUUCGCUAGAUUUACAAGACGAAAUCGUCGACAGCCAUCACCAGUUAUCUCACAUCGGGUUCAACCAAGACGUUGGCAAUUUGUGGGUGCCACAUACAACAAGAGAACAGGCGUUGCAAAGCUCUUUAUCAACAACCGUUUCGUAGCUCAAAGAAGAAUCGGUCGAUUCCAGAUCGCCACCAACUACAACGUACGUAUGGGAGCCAAGAUUGGUGACAGACGGUACUUCCGUGGCAGCAUUUCUUGUAUGCAAGUAUACGGCAGUUAUCUCACAAGACGAAAGAUUUUGAGCAAGAAGAAACGAUGUUUCCGAAAAGUGGUACAACCGCCUCGUCCAGUACCUGUAGGUCCAGUUUGCCGAGCGAGAAUCGACUUGGCUUUCUUGAUCGACGGGUCUGGAAGUAUCGAGCAUUAUGGCCGAGGAAACUUCCGACGUUGUCUGAACUUCGUCCAAAACAUGGUUCGAUCCUUCGUCAUCUCUCCAAGGCAUACGAGAGUUGCUGCAACUCUGUUCUCUUCUUCUGCUCGCCGUGUUUUCACCUUCGGGCAAUAUCGAACGAAGAGACAGGUAUUGCAUGCCAUCAGCCGUAUCCGCUAUCCACGAGGCGGGACCAAGAUUGGUCGCGCUCUCAACUAUGUUCGAAGGUAUACCUUUACGAAAAGUAGGCGUAAGCGUGUUCUUAUUGUAAUGACCGAUGGAAGAUCACAAGAUAAGCUCGUGGCGCCUUCAAGAAUGCUUCGUAGGAUGAGUGUCGAGAUCUUUGCAAUCGGUAUUGGUCGUCGUUACAGCAUGACUCAGCUUAUUCAGAUGGCUUCAGAUAGAGGACAUGUUCUUACUGCAGCUUUUAGAAAUAUGGAUUCGCUGGUUAGAGGUAUCAAAGCUAGAGCUUGCAAAGGCAAAAAGCCAUUGCCCCAUAGACCAUCUGGUACAUUACGAGCAGUUGGUUUGUAUCCUUUCAAUGCUUUGGUCAAAGCUCGGGACAUUAGCUUUAGCAGAAAUCCAACAGGACGUCUGCAUAAUGUUAGGCCAGCAUCUGGCCCUGACGGUCGUCAAGGGACUUCCUACCAGUUCUAUGGACGUAGCAAUAGUUACAUCACUUUACCUAACCGAGGGAAACUGGACACCAGAAGGUCUAUUACAAUCUUGGCAUACAUUUUCCAUUCAGGUCACAGCGGGCCUAUCGUCCAUUAUUACGCUCGAGGUUGGGGUGUUCAUUUCUGGAUGAUCAAGCGAAGAACGAUUUUCGUGCGCUUCACGAAGAGAAGGAACCGUGGCGCAACGCAUUCUCUCGCUAGUCGGUCUAUCAGACCCAAUACCUGGCAGUUUGUUGGUACAUCAUAUGAUCACAGGACCGGAGUCGCUAAAUUGUUCUUAAACGGUAGAGUUAUUGCUAGACGCCGUAUUGGACGAAUACGUCUUGCUACUAACUAUCCUAUACGUGUCGGAGCCAAGAUCGGAGAUGGACGUUAUUUCAGAGGAAGAAUCUCGUGUAUUCAGAUUUAUAAUGUUGCGCUCACAGCUCGUCAAAUUGCUGCACGUGCAAGGAGGUGCUUCAUGAAACAUAAUAUUAGACCAGCACCAGGUCCCCGCCCAAGACCAGCACUGCCAGUCUGCGUGGCACGAAUUGAUCUUGGUCUACUUGUUGACGGAUCUGGCAGCGUUGGAAAAGGAAACUUUGAUCGAUGCAUCAAAUUCAUCCAGAAUCUUGUUAGCUCUUUCAAGAUUUCACGCCAUCACACCCGAGUUGGCAUUGUUGUGUACUCUAGCAGACCCAUGCCUAAAUUUAAAUUUGGACGAUAUAAUAACAAGCACAGCCUUAUUCGCGCAAUAGGGAAAAUACGGUAUCCACGAGGUGGCACCAAGACUGGCUAUGCCUUAAACUUUGUCAGAAGAUAUCUCUUUGCUUCAAGUCGUAAGAACCGUGUGUUGAUAGUCAUGACAGAUGGACGAUCAUAUGAUAGAGUCACACAUCCAUCCCUUGCGCUUAAACGUAUGGGAGUCAAUAUCUUCUCUGUUGGCUUAGGAAAAAGCUAUAACUCUCGUCAGCUAUACCACAUGGCUUCGAACAGAAGAAACGUUUUCACUGCUUCAUUUAGAAACAUUGGAUCUCUGAUCAGAGCUCUCAAACAGAAGACUUGUCGUGCUGGCACAGGAAGACCAGUUCGUCCACGACCUGGUGGAAAAGUUUGCAAAACAAAGGUAAAUCUUGGAUUCUUAAUCGACGGUUCUGGAAGCAUAGAGCAUUACGGUCGAGGAAACUUCCGACGCUGUCUGGACUUCGUCAAGAACGUGGUGCGCGCAUUUAAUAUCGGAAGGCAUUCCGCCAAAGUUGGUGUCGUAUUGUUCUCUAGCAGGCCUUACAAGAUCUUUGGCUUUAACAGAUAUAGCAGAAAGACUGAUGUCCUAAAAGCUAUUGGACGCAUUUCAUACCCACGUCGGGGAACGAAGACUGGAAGAGCCUUGUCAUUCACUCAUCGCUACCUCUUCAGAAACACCAGAGGUCGUAGAAAUGUUUUGAUUGUAAUGACAGAUGGGCGUUCACAGGACAGCGUCGUUAGACCAGCAAAUGCACUGCGUCGUGCCGGUAUUCGUUGUUUAUCGCUAGGUAUUGGUCGUCGUUAUAACAUUCACCAGCUCAGGCAAAUAGCUUCGAGCACCAGAGAUGUCUUCACGGCUGGAUUUAGAAACCUGAUUUCCGUGGUUAGAGUCAUCAAGAAGAAGGCUUGCGGAACUUCAGGUCAAGGAUCAAGCAGACCAGGUAAACCAAGGCCAGGCAGACCUUCUGGCGGAGGAUUUUACCAAUGGGUUGGAUGUUAUAAUGACCGCCGACACCGUGCUAUAAAGUCCAUGAUUGCUAAUUACAGAGGACAUCGUAACGCCGUUGCCAAGUGUGCUAGAUUAGCACGCAGAAGGGGAUACAAGGUGUUCGCUCUUCAAUACGGUGGACAGUGCUUCUCUGGAGCCCGUGCACAUUUGAGCUACAGUCGCUAUGGACCAAGUAAUAAAUGUCGUCGAGGUGUCGGAGGAGCUUAUGCUAAUGAUGUGUACAGAAUUAAAUGGCGUGGUCCAACCAAAAACAAUAAGUGGCACUAUUCUUUAAGAGGUUGUUACGGUCGAGGUCCAGCAGGAUACAAACUUGCUGACUUAAGACGUGUACCUCACGCUGUACGGAAAUGUGCUCGUUUGGCCAGAAAAAGGGGAUAUAAAGUGUUCGCUUUACGAAAUGGAGGCAUUUGCUAUUCUGGUCCAAGAGCGCAUUUAGCUUAUCGUAGUAACCGUAAACUACGUGGUUGCAGUAAGCUUAGAGGAGGACCGCGAUUCAAUUCUGUUUAUGCCAUCAGAAGAGGGCCACCACCAUCAAAACAUAGUCUAUGGUUACGUCGACAGAGACAGAGGUUGCGUAGACUCCAUCGACUUAAAAUGCGCAAACUAAGGAUGAAGAAACGUCGCCACCGUGAGAGGAUGCGCAGAAUACGAUUGCAGAAACUCCAUCGAGCGAGAAUGCACAGACUAAAAAUGCUGAAACUUCGUCAACGCCGAGCGAGGAUGCACAGACUAAGAAUGCAGAGACUACGUAGCCGCAAAGCGAGGAUGCACAGACUGCGAAUGCAGAAACUGCGUCGCCAAAAGGCAAGGAUGCACAGAAUACGAAUGGAGAGGCUCCGUCGACACCGAGCAAGGAUGCACAGACUAAAAAUACAAAGACGUCGUCAACACCGUGCAAAGAUGCACAGACUAAAAAUGCAAAGACGUCGUCACCAAAAACGAAUGCACAGACUAAGGAUGCAGAGACUCCGUCGACAUCGUGCAAGGAUGCGCAGACUAAAAAUGGUAAGACGUCGUCACCAACAAAGGAUGCGCAGACUAAGGAUGCAGAGACUCCGUCGACAACGUGCAAAGAUGCGCAGACUAAAAAUGCAAAGACGUCGUCACAAACAAAGGAUGCGUAGACUAAGGAUGCAGAGACUCCGUCGACAUCGUGCAAGGAUGCGCAGAAUAAAAAUGCUAAGACGUCGUCACCAACAAAAGAUGCAGAGACUCCGUCGACAUCGUGCAAGGAUGCACAGACUAAAAAUGCAAAGACGUCGUCACAAACAAAGGAUGCGCAGACUAAGGAUGCAGAGACUCCGUCGACAUCGUGCAAGGAUGCGCAGAAUAAAAAUGCUAAAACGUCGUCACCAACAAAGGAUGCGCCGACUAAAAAUGCUAAAACGUCGUCACAAACAAAGGAUGCGCAGACUGAGGAUAAAGAGACUCCGUCGACAUCGUGCAAGGAUGCACAGAAAAAGAAUGCAAAAACGUCGCCACCAAGAAAGAAUGCGCAGACUAAGAAUGAAGAGACUCCGUGGACAUCUUGCAAGGAUGCGCAGACUAAAAAUGCUAGCACGUCGUCACAAACAAAGGAUGCGCAGACGAAGAAGGCGAAAGAUUAGAAGAAGAGGAGGAAGAAGGCGAGGAAGAAGAAGAGGAAGAAGACGGCGAAGAAGGCGAGGUAGAAGAAAAGGACGAAGAAGGCGAGGUAGAAGACGAAUAGGUAAAAAGAGAGGCGCUGUUUUGCAUCCGGAACGAAAAUACAGAUUACAAGAUGUUCAAAAAACACCUAUCCCUGACUACUUCUGGUCAUUCAACAUCAAACUUGCUCAACCCACCCAAGAUGUGAUUCAAAGCCAAGAAGCUCAACUACAAGAUGGCGCAAACAUUGUCAUUACUCAUGGAAAGGGUUCAGUUGCCGAGACUAAAAGCGGGAAGAACGCUUCUAUUUCAUUGGGUGAUUUCAAAGGAAAGUGCUACAGUGAUCCAGAUACAUGCAAAGGCAAGGGAAUGACGGUCAUGACAUCAAUCAAGCUUGACACUACAACUAUGUCCUCCAACUCCAGCUCGUAUAUCAUGUCUACUGGUGGUCAAACGACCAAAGCUCGUGGAUUUGCGCUUGUUCACAUCAAAGAUCAAUACGUAUUGAUACUGGGCACCAAGACAAAGCAAUGGAUCCUUAAGACUCCAUCACUUCCUGCAGAGUGGUUCAACCUUGCCUUCACAUGGGACAACGUAGGUCAACUCAAGUUGUUUGUUAAUGGAAAGGUAGUUGCAAGCAGCAAGGCACUCCCUCUCAAGCGUCUCCAGGAUAUGUUCACAAAGUUUACAAUCGGACGCCCUAACAACUCACACACACUGAAAUACAAGCUUGGACUUGAGGUUGAUGAUGUUGCAUUGUGGCAGAUAGCCCUGACUGACCAACAGAUCCUUGAUGUCAUCAAAUCAGGUGUUCAUCUACCAGAAAAUCAAAAGAAAGCAUCACCCAAUGUCAAGUCAAAGUAAAUUGGUAUUCAAACCGGAAAAGGAAAGUUGAACCUGAAUAUUCAAAACCAAGCUAAAGAUAUAAAAAGCAUAAAACACGCAUAGUCAAUGUAGGAAAACUAAAUAAUAAAAUAUUAACAAAUAUGAUUACUCAAGACAAUUUGUAAUCUUCAACUCAAUAAGUCUACGACUUGUAUGAAUUCUCUCUAUCAGAGAGUUAGUAAAUUAAUCUCGUUACAGAGGUGAUUCAGCUAUUAUAUACUUCUAGAUUAGCCUGUACUAGUAAUUGCAUGCAAAUUCAAUAAAGACACUGUCCAAAA